GUGGUCUCAAACAUAGCAAGGAUUGUGAGGAUGACGUAGGACCAGGCAGUGUUUUGUUCUGUUGUACACAGGGUCACUAUGAGUCGGAACCGGCCUCACAACACUGAACAACACCACCACCAUAAAGAAAGGACUAUACACUGAAGUUUUAAGUUCCAUGACCUUUACUGAAGAAGUUCAGAAGUGAGGCAUAUAGUUCUUGAUAUUUAUCUCAGAUAACUUUGGAUUUUAUUUUUAAGUGUUCUUCACAUAUACUGAAUAUGGUAAUAAGUGAUAUCAGAUACUGUUCAUUCAACUCUUUCAAUAAGUAUUUAUUGAGCACUCACUGUGUUUUAGGACACUGUUCUAGGCACUGGGAAUUAAAGUCCUAGCCUUUGUGGUGCUUACAUUCGUUGAGAGAGACCCAUAAUAAACAAACCAAACCCGCUGCUGUUGAGUCAUUUCCAGCUUAUACGAGUAAACAAAUGUAUAUUUAAUUUCAGCUGGUGUUAAAUGCUAUGAAGAAAACUGAAGAAGCAUAAGAGAGGAAGACCUUUUGAGAGGUGACAUUGAGCAGGAACGUUAUUGUAGGGCCUGGGAAAAGAGUGUUGUAGUUUAAGAGAACAGCAAGUACAAAGACCCUGAGGCAGAAAUGAGCAGAACAUACUCCAUGGGCCAAAAGAAAGCCUGUGUGUUUGAAGUCAAGAGAGUACAGUGAUGGUGAGAGUAACAGGAGGUGAGAUUAAAGAAACAAGGGGGAUGGUAAUUGGAAGAUUGUAAGUAAGAGAAAGUCAGGAUAUUUUAUUUUUUUGGUAGAUUGGAUGCAGCCAGGAAGAUUGGCAAACCAGCUUAGUUUUGGUCUUCCUGACCUAGGCAUAUUUUAUCUGGGCUAAUUUAAACUGUCAUUCUUGUCCUUAGAGUAGUGAUGUCUUUACGAAUCAUAGUGCCCUGAUUUUAAUUCCUUUAGUCAAUUUUUAUUACUGUGAUGAAAAAUAGCUUCCUGUGUCCCCCCUCAGGGGCCCUAGCGGAGCAGUGGUUAAAUGCUCGACUGCUAACUGAAAGGUCGGCAGUUUGAACCCUCCAGCCACUCUGUGGGAGAAAGAUAUGGCAGUCUGCUUCCAUAAAGAUUUACAGCCUUGGAAACCCUAUGGGGCACUUCUUCUCUAUCCUAUGAAUCACUAUGAGUUGGAAUCAACUCGACAGCAAUAGGUUUGAUUUUUUGGGUUGCUGUCCACCCUCUUUUUUUAGCCCAGUGAGUACCAUCUAAAUGGAUUGUAUUUGUUUUAAUAUUGAGUAAUUAGUGACACAGAGUUUACUGUGUAAACUUUUUUCAGCAUUUUAUUUACAGGGAAAAAUAUUUUUUUUAAAGAUACACAUAAACAGUGGAGAUUUCUUUGACUUCAUAGUAGCAUUUUCAAUCUAGAUGGUGUUAUCAUGGGUUAAGAAGGAUGCAUUCAUUAGCAAUAUCGCCUUGCCUUACUAAGAAUAACCUUAUCAUGAUACUGUUUUACUUCUGUAUAUUCUUUGCCUAUAAAAAUAUAGAUUUUCUUAGUUUUUUUUAUUUUUAAUUAUCAAGGAGAAUAAUUUUCUUUGGAAGUGCUGCUGGGUGACGAGUCCUUGGGUGAUGCAAACAGUUAACAUGCUCAGCAGCUAACUGAAAGUUUGGAGGCACCUUGGAAGAAAGCCCUGGCAGUCUACUUUCACCAUCCCCGGAAAAAAAAAAAAGAAGCCAUUGAAAAUCAUAUGUAACAUAAUUCUUCUGUGACACACACGGGGUCGCUAUGAGUCAGUAUCAGUUCGAUAGCAGCUGGUUGGCAUGAAUGAGAAGAUUUACAUAUUAAAAUUAUCCCAAGAUAGAUUUUUAGGUUUCACAAACCUCAAUAAUGCCCUUAAACUCAAUUUGGCCCUCUUUUCAAAGAUCAGAGAAAACUAUUUUCACUUCUGUAUUUUAUAGUUCCUUGAAGCUAGUUACUACAUGAGCAUUUUAAGUAGUUCUUGUGGCAGUUAAUUUUUAAGUAUUUAUGGAUAUUAGUUAACUAUUGAUAGUAAGUUUCAGUGCAUUUUACUGUCUGGAAUUCUUUCAGCUGCUUUUCCUUGCAGCUGAUGGACAGUUCACAAGUCUGGUGUUGCCCUUGUUGUCCCCAUAAAAAUUUUCCUUUUAAAGGUGAAAGUAUUAUUUAUGUUUGGAUUUUUUUUAAUUUGCCCCAAUUGUUGUAGUUUGGAACCGUUGUUACCUGACAAGUUGAAGGCCCUUACAUUCCUAGGCAGUGUUAGAGCUUAAAGUAGAAGAUGAAUGACUAUUAUUCCCCAGUUUUUUUGUUAAUUGUUCAUUAUCUGUUAAUUGUUCAGAUAUCUAAACACUUAAAUGGUCAUUUUCUUAUACUGAGGAUUUUUUAUUAUAAAAUGUCAUUGAGUCCCAGAUAAGGUUUUUAGAGGGAGAAGGUAUAACGAUUAGGUAAAUUUGGGUGACUACAUGGGUUUUAAUCUUUGACUAUUUAAUCGUGUGCUUUCUCCUAUACUAGUUUUGCUUUUAUUAAAAACAUGACAGAAGCAUACUUCUGUUCUGCUAGGGGUCAGUCUAGAUUUGUUUCUCUGGAUCUGGAGGCUCUUAGAUUGUCUUGCUUUCAGCAGUGUUUUUGCCCUUGUACUUUCCAUUAAUAGAAAAACAGAUGACUUCUUUAGUGAAGAUAGAGUUGAGGUUACAGUUAACUUAUCUGGCCCCUUUGAGAACAAUAACAAUAAGUCUUCUCUCUUUAGUAAACUGAUCUUUGACUAAAUAUUUUUUGUAAACUGUUCCUAAGUCUCCUACUCUUUCUAAGUUCCUGAUGGCAGCAGAAAGGUGGGAUUCCUCAUGAGCUUUCUUGUCCUUGUUGCCUUUGUUCAUGUGGAAGAUGCAACAGCUGCUGUGGCUUGUGUGUUUGUCUUGGUCGCUGCUUUACAUAGUCAAUGUUUUGAUAGUGGUUUUAUCUUUCUAAUAAUAACUGACCAAGUCAUCUGUCACUUAACUUACAAGUUUUAUAGUUAUAUUUUUUCCUUUUGGAUGUAUAUUAAAUUUAGAAGUUUUAGUUUAGUUUUUUUCCUGUUAAUCUUCACACCAGGUCUUUUCUGUGCUUUAGGUUGACUCUUCACCACACUGAAACCAUUAGGAAAAAUCCUUGUGGUUAACAGCAGAGGCUUCAGAGUGUAACCUGUACUCGAGCCUAGAAAUUAUUUUAAAUGGCGACUGAUACGUCUCAAGGUGAACUCGUCCAUCCUAAGGCACUCCCACUUAUAGUAGGAGCUCAGCUGAUCCACGCGGACAAGUUAGGUGAGAAGGUAGAAGAUAGCACCAUGCCAAUUCGUCGAGCUGUGAACUCUACUCGGGAAACUCCUCCCAAACGCAAGCUUGCUGAUGGGGAGGAAGAAAAGCCAGAACCAGAUGUAAGUUCUGAGGAAUCCGCCUCCACUGUAGAAGAACAAGAGAAUGAAACUCCACCUGCUACAUCUAGUGAGACAGAGCAGCCAAAGGGGGAGCCUGAGAAUGAAGAGAAGGGAGAAAGCAAGUCUUCUGAGGAAGCCAAAAAGGAUGAGAAAGAUCAAUCUAAAGAAAAGGAGAAGAAAGUGAAAAAAACAAUACCUUCCUGGGCUACCCUUUCUGCCAGCCAGCUAGCCAGGGCCCAGAAGCAAACACCGAUGGCUUCCUCCCCACGUCCCAAGAUGGAUGCAAUCCUAACUGAGGCCAUUAAGGCAUGCUUCCAGAAGAGUGGUGCAUCAGUGGUUGCUAUUCGAAAAUAUAUUAUCCAUAAGUACCCUUCUCUGGAGCUGGAGAGAAGGGGCUAUCUCCUUAAACAAGCACUGAAAAGAGAAUUAAAUAGAGGAGUCAUCAAACAGGUAAAAGGAAAAGGUGCUUCUGGGAGUUUUGUUGUGGUUCAGAAAUCAAGAAGAACACCUCAGAAAUCCAGCAACAGGAAGAAGAAGACUCCUGCAGUAGAUCCAGAACCACAAGUAAAGUUGGAGGAUAUCCUCCCACUGGCCUUUACUCGCCUUUGUGAACCUAAAGAAGCUUCCUACAGUCUCAUCAGAAAAUAUGUGUCUCAGUAUUAUCCUAAACUUAGAGUGGACAUCAGGCCUCAGCUGUUGAAGAACGCUCUGCAGAGAGCAGUAGAGAGAGGCCAGUUAGAGCAAAUAACUGGCAAAGGUGCUUCGGGGACAUUUCAGCUGAAGAAAUCAGGGGAGAAACCCCUGCUUGGUGGAAGCCUGAUGGAAUAUGCAAUCUUGUCUGCCAUUGCUGCUAUGAAUGAGCCGAAAACCUGCUCCACCACUGCUCUGAAGAAGUAUGUCCUGGAGAACCACCCAGGGACCAAUUCUAACUAUCAAAUGCAUCUGCUAAAGAAAACCCUGCAGAAAUGCGAAAAGAAUGGAUGGAUGGAACAGAUCUCUGGUAAAGGAUUCAGUGGCACCUUCCAGCUCUCAUUUCCAUAUUACCCCAGCCCAGGAGUUCUAUUUCCAAAGAAAGAGCCAGAGGAUUCUAGAGGUGAAGACGAAGAUGAAGAUGAUUCAUCAGAGGAAGACUCUGAGGAUGAAGAGCCGCCUCCUAAGAGAAGGUUGCAGAAGAAAACCCCAGCCAAGUCCCCAGGGAAGACAGCAUCCAUGAAGCAGAGAGGAUCCAAACCCACAGUUAAAGUCCCUGCUGCCCAGAGGGGGAAAGCUAGGCUCCUGCCCAAGAAAGCGCCUCCCAAGGCCAAAACUCCUGCCAAGAAAGCCAGACCCACACCGUUGGUCAUCAAGAAACCUAGUGGUAGCUCUUCAAAGAAGCCAGCAGCCACUGUGAGAAAGGAAGUGAAAUUGCCUGGCAAGGGCAAAUCCACCAUGAAGAAGUCUUUCAAAGCAAAAAACACUUUUGAUAUCAAGCAAGUGGCUUCCUUUUGAGAUUAAAAAAAAGAAAAAAAAAAAAAAGAAUGAAGCCCGACUACCUAACUCUUUCUUACUUGUAUUUGUUUUGGUAUUGUGAAGUUGUGUUAAAUAGUAUUAGCUUUCUACUUGAAAUAUCAAUUUCUGGUUAUCAUUUAUUUUCCCUGUGGCACUUGACAUUUUAAUUGUCUUAAACUUUUUGGUGUACAUCUUCUGGUCCCUUGAGUGCUGCCAGAGACUAAAAAUGUUUGUUUCAUAUUCAUUCCACUUGCAUUGUCUUCUGGGAUCCCUUCUGCAGCCUAAGCUAUGGCUGGGAAAUGGACUUGAGAAGAUUGGCUUGAAUUAGAUCCAUAAUCAUGUGUGAUCCCAUCAUGAGUUCAUUGGAAUUUGUGUUGCAUGUAAGGCAAUCUUCCCUGUUGUAAAUCUUCCUUUUUUUAUGUACAUAUAUUUUGAAAAAUAUGAAUAAACAUGAAAUUUUAAAAGCU